AUGACGGAUGAUUCCAAUCUGGGGAAAGCGGGAAGUUUGAAUCCAUUUCAAAGGCGGGUAGAUUUAAACAGAUCAUCAAGCGCUGGUGAUCUGUCUGAGGUGGUUCUUUCGGGUAAAAGGAAAGAUAGAGAAGGGGAGAUUGGAUUGAGACUUGAGAGGGACCGGGCAGAAAGGGAUAUAAUUAAAAGGAGUAGACUAAUUGCGAAGUCGCCGAAUAAAAAAAUAGGGCUCACGGAGGAAGAGAUGGAAGAGAUCCUGAAAAAGCUAGGUGGGAUUGAAACUAAGAUCUCGGAGGAAUGCGGGAAAGUGAGUAAGAGAGUGGAUGAGCUAAAGGAGGAAGGUAGAAAGGAAAGAGCAGAACUCAGAAAAAUAUGGGAGGAAGAUAAGAAAAGGAUGAAUGAGAGAAUGGAUGGUUUGGAGAGUAGAUUAGAGAAAAUUGAGAUGUUCGUAAGUAGGCGAGGGAAUGGGGAGGGAGAUACACUGGAGGUAGCGGAGGGGCGAAUGGACGAGGAGGCGGAGAGAAGGUUGAGAAAAAUGGAGUUGGAAAUUGAAAAAAGGGAAAGAGAGGUUAGGAGAAAAAAUGUCAUCUUAAAGGGGAUAGACAUGAAGCCAGGGGUAGAUUUGCAGUCGGAGGUAGAGAAAGUAUGGGAGAAAAUGGAGAUAGUAGGGGGUAGAAAAAAUAUGAGAAAAAUUGGGAACGUGGACAAGGAGGGUAGGGGGCUGUUGCUUAUUGAACUUGAGGGGAACGAAAAGAAGAAGGAGGUGAUGAAGGCCAAGAGUAAACUAAAAGGAGAAAAAAUAAGAGUAGAUGAUGACCUGACCUUUGAGGAAGGAGAGUGA